AUGUUUCCCAUGCUGCGACAUGCGAUGGGUGGUUCGGCUUUGGCAAGGAAAGUGGCGAGCCGAGGCAAACCGGCUUCAUUCACUGGCUUUUCGAGGUUCUGCAUUUUGGCAGAAGCUCAGCUACCGGACGGGCUCCUCGCAUCCAAAACGGUGGCGGUUCGGCUUCAAUCCGCGGCGGAGCAGCUCAAGCCGUCGGAUGCACGCAAAGGUGAGAAAGCCAUAGGAGUCGGAGACAGAGGAGCAGGACUGGUCUACAGAGAUGGGCGGCCUGCAUCCAGCUCUGCCUUAGGGACACGCGAGAAAGAGGCCAAGUUUCCACGUGAAGGUGUUUGGGUUGUGAAAAUCCAGCCUCCGCUGGAUGUCAGCAGCGACUCUGCAGGUGGCAUCGGGCGCAUCACACCAACGACAUUGUUGCUCAGCGAUAGACUAUGGAACUUCGUGCGGUUCGUCCGUGAAGAGGACGAUGGACAUUUUCCGCUCCUUCGGUGUGCGUUGGGAGAGCCUCGCCAGGUGGCAUAUCGCUAUGCGGAAGAAUUUGAAGACAAGGGUCAGAUGCUACGUGCAGAGCGCUUGGUGUGUCUACAUCGACGUCAUCCCUACACAGGAUCAGUCGGGAUGGUAGCGAUCAGAAUCCGAGAGUGGUCCCCGCUUGUACAGCACCAGCGAACUGCGCGCGACAAAGUCAGCGGUGCCAUUUCGCAUCCUUUCUGCCCGAAAUGUACCGCUUUUGGACUUUCUCAGGGCACUGUCUCGGCUGCCAGUUGGGCACAGAAGCUAGAGCAGGUAUGGUCUAGAGUCCAGAGCCAGCAGCCCCUCCAGAAAGAGAAAAGCAGCCCCAAAGGUCCAGAUGAGGCCAUCUCCCAGGCUCCGAGGCCCGUCACAGAUUGCCCGAAGGCUCUAAGGGCCGGUGCAGGCGUGAGCUGUGGCAUUGCAGGCAGUUUGGAGGAGGUCCCCGACAUCCUCGAGGACCCCCAGGUUCUCGCGUGCUUUCUGGACUUGGGCUCGGGGGGAGAGGUCCUUCGAACGGGGUGGCAAGCGGCUUUGCCAGAGAUGUCUGCCUUUGAUGCAAAGGCUACAGUGAGAUGGGGUGAGAAGUCGUUCGACGACAAGAUCCUGAAGACCUGGCCGCGUGCGUGUCACACACCACUGGGCCUGCACUCGCUUGAUGUUCCACGGAGCCAUGUCGUUCAUGAGAUGACUGGAUGGUGCGACAGAGGACUGCAGGCAAGCGAACCUCUCACACAGGUGUCAGGCAAGUGUCCUAAAUGCGGUGCUAAACUUCUUGCCGACUCUCAAUUCUGCCGUCGCUGCGGCCACAAGUUGAUGGCGCAGGUCGAGAUGUCCAGUGCCGGGCAGGAAGGGCUUCAAUAUCUCUGCUCCAAGUAUUCAUCUCUCAUCACACGUCUCCGCGAGGAGGUUCUGGCCAGGCAGCAGGCGGAAGCUGAGGCAAGACUCUUGGAGUCACGCCUGCGGGAGGAGUCUGAGGCUUGGCAACAGGAGAAGAGCGGCAUGAUCCGGGAGCUGCAGCAGCUCCGCGAAGAAAUCGCUGGUCUGCAAUCGCAGCUUUUGGCAAAGAGGUUACAGAAGGCCGACAGCAGCAGCGCUGGCAGGGAGGCGACGACGGCGCCGGGCGAUGCUGCAGACAGCACCUGGAAACAGUACCAGGUACAAGCUCAGCAGCACCACCAGCUCAUGUCUCUCUUGGCGGAACACUCGCAACUGCAGGCAGAGCAACAAGACACGCAGGCCGAGCUCACGACAUGCCAGGAACACCUCACACGCUGGAGGCGGAAAGCCUCGGAGCUGGAGAGCCAAGCGGCCAUGGCCGAGAGCGGCCGCGACGAGGCAGAGCGCCGAGCCAGAUGUGUCCAAGAAGAGAUGCGACAGGCCCUGAGAUCGGCUGCAUCAGCCAAGGGCCGCCAGAAGGAGGCCGAACGCGUUGCGCGCCAGGAGGAGCUUCAAAUGCGAGAUCUGGACGAGCGACUCAAGGCGCUACGACACGACAGCCGGGUGAACGCUCGGCGUGCAGGGAGCGCUGAGCGACGACUUGCCAGUGCCGAGGCAGCGGAAGUUGCGGCUGGCCACCUCGAAAGUGACGUGGCAGACCUAAGACGACGGUUACGGUGUGCAGAAGACCAGGCCAAUGAGCUCAGAGCGAGCAAUCUGCGCGUGGAGCAAGCAGAGGCCAGAUCUGCGCAGCGAGCCGGCGAGGUCAAGGGUGAGCUGAGAGCGGCGGAAGCUCUGAACCAGACCAACUCAGUCCAUCUCAAGGAUCUCGAGGUGCAGCUGAUGACGACGCGGGAAGCCUUGGCAGAGGCAGAAGCCGACCGUGCCACCAAGAGCAGCUGGUCGAAGCGCCUGGGCCAUGAGCUGGCAGACGCGCGUGCAAAGCAGCAGGAGGCUUGGCAAGUUCAAGAGCAGCAGGCUCAUGAACUACGUGAAGCACGUCGACGCCUGGAUCAGCUGGUCGGGGGAGGAACUUCCAUGCCAGGUGGCCAGCUUGCGCAGUGCAAGCGUCGGCUCCUCGACCUGGAGCAGGCUUGCAGCCGCAAGGAGGCGGAGGUUGCUGAGGAACGGCGGGCCCGAGAGAGGUGCCACACAGAGGCCGUCCGGGCCAGUGAAAAGCUCCGCGCAGCGAGGGCACAAGGUGCUCAGCUAAAAGAGCGGCUGCGAACUUUGGAGGAGGCCGAGCUUCGGUAUCCAUCACGAUUUCCACCUCAGAGAGCGAAGCCACAGACCAGCUCUCGGCGUCCCAGUCGAAGCUUCAGCGUUCCGGCCCCCGAAGGGCGCUUGCGAGACGGGCGACCUGGACGACCUGAUUCCCAUACGUCACACGCCACGCACGCCUGGAUGCAAGCGACGCUGCAAACUCCAGAGCCGCUGGAGCCGUGUCAGACCAGCUCCACCAGCGACGAUGUGCAAGUGAUGAAGGACUUCGUGAAAAACGAGGAAGCCAGGCUUCGUGCCUUGAGCCACGGGGGUGCGCGGCCUCUGGACCCCGACCCGGGGAGCUAUCGCUUGUCUUGGGAGGAACAGCCCAGGGCCGCCCUUCCCUUCAAGGCGAAGAGAGCGAAGAGCAGAGCGAAGAAGAGCAGAGCCUUCGGCGGCCAGGCCUCGGAGCCGCCAGCACUGCCCGAGGAGGACUUAAGCUUGGCCACGCUACUGGCCAUGAAGCCCCAACCACCGGACAAGACUGACCAGGCAGCAGCCGCUUACCAUGAGUUGCCUUCAGAGGUGGCGCCUGUCCUCAGGCCGCAGGGAGCUUCGAGCACGUGA